AUGUUGCUUUUCGAAGCUCCUAUUCUGGCCGUCGCUUUGUACCUCCUUACAUUUGUCUCCUCACUUCACCUUGACGAUCGCGAUGUUAACGGACAAAUUCUAGAUUGCUAUGACUACAUCAUAGUUGGAGGAGGCGUCUCCGGUCUCGUAGUUGCCAACCGUCUCACGGAAGAUCCAAGUGUGACUGUCCUUGUUCUCGAAGCAGGCUCUCUGUACGUCGAUUGCCCCUUUCUUGUUUUCUCUGCUUAUACACAAUUCAGUGACAACUAUGAAGAAACCAUUCUAUAUCCCAUUGACAGCGACUAUGGUCUCGGUACCAAAUAUGACUGGAACCUCUGGACAGCUCCUCAAACUUCUCUUGAUGGACGAGGACGUCCAUAUGAUACUGGCAGAGGAGUUGGAGGCGGCAGCUUAAUCAAUGGAAUGUGCUGGACUAGAGGAGGUCGUGCAGACUACGAUGCUUGGGAAGCUCUUGGAAAUCCGGGCUGGGGCUGGGAUGGUAUGCUUCCAUACUUUAAGAAGACGGAGAACUACACCGAUAAUGUCGACGCCGAUUUCAGCAAAAGACUUUAUAUCCAACCAGACCCCUCCUUUCAUGGUACUGAUGGCUACGUACAUGUCAGCUACCCACGAUAUUUCUACAACCAGUCUCAGGUCUUCCUUGAAGGCCUAAAUGAACUCGGCAUUCCCAUCUUGAAGGAUCCAAAUAAUGGAUUUACUGCUGGUGGGAUGCUCAUACCCAACAACAUCAAUCCAGAUAAUCAGACUCGCUCGACGGCUCGACUAGCUUAUCUUGAUGGUUUCAUCGACAGACGCCCAAACUUACAAGUGGUAACUAACCAGCAUGUUUAUCGUCUCAUCAUGGACUCUGCUACUCAGAAGUCUCAGCCUCAGACCUCUUCUCCAAAACAUCACGCUGAUGACCGCUGGGUGUCAGGAGUGCAGUUCAUUCCUGACGGUACUCUGUCUAUUCGCAAUGUCACCUGCUCACAGGAGGUCAUCCUCGCCGCUGGGGCUGUCCAUACUCCUCAGAUUCUUGAGUUUUCUGGCAUCGGUGAUCCGAAUGUUCUGAACAAGUUUAAUAUUCCAACAAAAAUCAAGCUGCCAGGAGUGGGCAACAAUUUUCAAGAUCAUCCUUAUCUUGGUGUAGUCCACUAUGUCUCCAACAUGAGUUAUCUGACUCUUUCCAUGAUUUACAAGAACCCAACUCUUUUGCGUCAGGAUGAGCAAGAAUAUUACGCUAAUAAGACAGGGCCCUGGACUGCGGGAGCAAUAAAUACAGUAGCAUUUCCGUCGUUGCCCUCCAUCUCCAAGAAUUGGACGAAUAUGAUCGCUGACGCCGAGAGUCAAUCUCCUACGGCAUACUUGCUUCCAAAUCUCGAUCCAACAAUCAUUGCAGGUUACCAAGCGCAAAAGGAUAUUCUUGUGAACCUCCUGGGUCGCAGCGAUGCCAGUGCCUACGAAAUCUUGAGUGACAACAUUGGCCUUCUCUCAGUCGCUGCAGUGCGUACUUUGUCUCGGGGUCAUGUUCAUAUGCAGGACACCAAUCCAUUUACGCAGCCCUUGAUCGACCCUCGUUUCUGUUCAAAUCCACUUGAUUGCCAGGUCAUUGUAGAAGGCCUUCUGUUCAACAAUCGUCUCAUUAAUACAAGCUCAAUGCGUCAACUGGGCCCGGCUCCAUACUAUCCUUUCCUUCAGGAUGCUACUCCAGAGACGUUGAUGCCUGCAGUUAGGUCUGGAAUCAGAACAGAGUUUCAUGGUGCUGGAUCAUCUUCCAUGCUUCCACUAGAACAUGGAGGUGUCGUUGACUCGCAUCUUCGCGUCUAUGGAACAAAAAACUUGAGGAUAGUAGACGGAGGGAUUAUGCCACUCGUACCUGCAACUCAUCUUCAAGCACCUGUCUAUGCCAUUGCUGAGAAAGCAGCAGACAUCAUCAAAGCCCACAAUUUGCGUCUCAAUUUUCAAAGCUGUGGAAGAGCGUCUACUUCUCCUCGAGUCGAGCUGGUCGUUUCGAAUAGCUCUAUUGGGAAAUUGACACCAAAUAACUCGUCGGUGUCAAGGCUGCCAACACCAUCCACUUUCCAGCAGCUUGUGAAUAUCAGCGCGUUCAUGCCGUUUAUUAACUCAACAAGCUCGAACCCUCUCAAACCAUCUAGCACACCUCAGACUCUACCCCUCGCAGAGGGCAUGCUCCAGGCUUCAAGCCUGUCCGUCUCUAGGCAAACAUCGAAUACUUCGAAAGUCACCGGCAACCCAGUUGCAGAUGUCAUGUCAAUCCUUUUCGCGCAAACCAGCACAACUCUUACUUCAUUUCCAGCCGCACUGCCUACGCUCUUCACAAAUACUGUCCACUCAAACGAUUCAGCACCAGGCAGAUUCCCAAUUGCCAGCCCACUUCUAGCUUUGCUGCCAACAGCCAUCAUCCCAAAGGUGCCUCUGCUGUCAGUGGAUGAUGCGGCACUUGCCGAUCUGGCUCCAAGCCUCUUAGCUGAAGUAAAGUCGCUUCAAGAUUCUGCUACUAGCUAUGCUGCCAAAGCUUCGCAGCCAACAUUUACUGCCUCAGAUGCACCUGUGCAUUCAGACUGGGACCCGUCAUUUGAUGCUCUGCCUCAUGAGCUUUUCGCCGCAGGACAUCCUCUUCACGAGUUUCUUAGUCUCACUCCAAGAAAACGCGACUUGGACAUUGGUCCGCAGGACGAGGAUAACCCUAAGGAAUGCGAAGAUAACUCCAAGAAAUAUGACAAUAGUUCGAAUGAAUAUGACGGUGAUGCAGAUGAAUGUUGA